CACAGACUAACUCUUGCAUCCUGCGAGUGCGGACGUAACAAGCCGCUGCUUACUUGAAGAAUAAAAAAGAAAGGCUAUAAAAUAUAGAAUGUAUUCUGUGGAAAGUUCAGACACGCCACCUGCCGACAGGAAUCGACCAUUCCUAUACCCAUCUCCCAGUUGGCCAGUGUCAGGUAUUGGUCUCCUUAAUCCUUCGGGGACUGUGAACGAGCCACAGUCCGACCCACUAUCCGGAGUGGACCUUCUUCUACAAGCUGCAGAAGUUAUAGAGUCCGAGUCAACGCCGGUCUUUGACAAACCCACGUCUGGAAUAAAUCUUCUGCUUGAAGCUUCUGAGCAGAUAGAAUCGUGUACGUCCAGCAGACACACCUCCAGUUCCCAGACACCUGCCAGGUCCCUCGCCCAGAGUGAUGCCGCUUCCUCAGCAUCUGUUGAUGCUCUCAACCCUGUGGACACUGCGAUUACAUGGCUGGAGAACCACAUAGCAAGUAUAGUCCGGGAGACGCAUACCAGAUAUGCCACGAACGAUCACACAUACGCUCAUCCAUUAACACCAAACAUCUAUGAGCAUAGUUCGAGCACUGGCGCCUCACAUUGGGAGCCGGCAGACCCAGUGGACGCAGCAAUCUUGUGGCUAGAGAGGGAGAUUGCCAACAGUGAAAGAGACGCAGAAACCCAUUCAUCCUGGGAUAAGACGGAGUCACCCUCUACAGACGGCCCUUACUCUGCACAGAGUGACACGUCGUCCUUUCGUCCUGUGAGAUCUCACCGGAGGAAGAUUAACGGAUCAAAAAUCACAAAAGUGUCAACAGCAUCUGGCUGCACUUGCCUCGGGCAGCAAAAGAAGACUGCCUCGAAGACCACCAAAUCACGGGUACUGAAGCGACGCAGUAAUGACAGAGACAGUCUGGCGGUAUGCUGUGCAAAGAAAUCAAAGGAGAAUAAGUUUAAGAAGGCAGAUAAUUUAAGAACAAGCAACAAAUGCAAGAAUAGCCACGGAAACACAUCUGCUAGAUCUAAAGUACAGGUUCCCUCUCAAAUCUCUCAGAAAACAAAAGCGAGUUGGACUUCCGUCCAGACAACGCCAUCCAAAAACACAUCUACCCAAAAACCGGGGACUUCCGGUCAGGUCUCUUCUCGCCAACCUCUCUCUGGAAGGUCAUCCACCACGCUGUCCCCCAUCUCACGGAAGAGACCGGUGCAGAUUGUGAUACCGACCAGGAGGGUCCACCAGCCACCAGCUCUGCCUACAUCAGCCAAGAGACACUGCCCCAUGUCCCUAGCACCAGGGGGAACAGCUGCUCUAGGCAGCCCCGACACAGAGGCGAGGCCUCUCGCCAGACACCACAACCGCCUUACAAUCAAUGGCGUCAGGAGGAGGAGACUCGGGCAACUAGAUGAGUCCAAGAGUUAUUCCUCUAGGCCUAGCACCAGUGGAACAUCCUCCAGUCCCAGACCUGUCGGUUUUGUGAUGCCAUGGAUCAGGUCAACCACUCUACACACUAAUAGAUGUUCAAGAUGAUUUUUGAAGGAGAAUUCAGAAGAGUUAAUUUUGUGAUGAUGUUGAUGCAAUUGUACAUAAAUUGUAUAUUUUAUCAUGUAUAUACUAAUGAAAUAUGUGCUAUAAAACAUGAAAACGUA